GAGAGAGAGAGACCCGCAAAAAAAUGCAGUCAAUUAUUGUUAUACUACUAUCGGUGACCAUAUGUUUCAUUAGUCAUCAAUUGGUGGACAGUAAUGAUCUUAACAAUGACAACGAUUUUGGUCACCAAUUGUCACAUAACUACAUCCACUCGUCGUGUCCCGUGAUUACCGCUAAAUCGACCGAUAAUGAUAGCCCUAAGCGAUAUCCUCGUAGUUGGCAAUGGAUUAUUGAUGGCCAUCACAAUCUGGCCACAACUUGUUUGCCGCUAAUCUAUAGACGGCAAUCGAUGGACUGUUAUGUCACACGGAAACAGUUAUCGGUCUCCACACUGUCGGCCGACACUGUUGACCGCCGUCAACGUCCCGACACUUCCGGUAACUAUCGCAGGUCAACAUCAACAAUAACAACGCCAUCCGAGUCCUCCACGAAAUCGGCAGUUAGUCGUCGUCGUCGUCCUCCUAGUCCUCGACAUCGACCUCGACGUCAGCAAACAAUGACAACAAAAGCCGUCGGCAAAUGUGCGACAACUACUGACAUAUACUCGCAGUUUAUAACAUUUAUACUAAUAUUUAGUAUACUAUUUAUACUGACAAUUGGCAUUGAUUUGUGUGGACUACCGUCAAGUGGUGGGCGCCGCCACCGACGCCUCCUACUCAUCGAUGAUCGUCAUGUUUUAUAA